AGUUAUGAGAAGCCAGGUUGAAUACAUGGACUCUCACCAACAGAAGACUGAUCGGUUGUGUAGACUUUCCAUCAAACCUCAUGGAAAUACUGAAACACUGGAUUUUACUACAUGCAUAUGUCGUGUUAUUUCAGUCACUGACCAGCGAAGCAUCAGAAUGUGAGAAACCGUCCAGUCCUCAGUGUUUCAGAAAAGACGAUUAUGACAGUAUGUACACGUGUGAGUGGAGCUCCAAUGAGAAAAACGCAACGUUCGACCUUUACUUUCGCAACCAAAGCAAACACAGGGGCCUUCAUGAAACCUGGAUUGAAGUUCACGAAGAAGUACUGAUCACAACCACACCUAUCGAAAUCUGGGUGAAAGCUCAUGUUGGGAACUCCAGCUGUUCAUCAGACAGGACGUUUGCUACACUGAAGGAAACAAUUAAAUAUGAAGAGCCUCAAAAUAUUCUUGUAUCCUGGUUAAAAAACAACCUCUACCUGAGGUGGAAAGCCCCCGAGAAUCAUCCACCUUCAGCCGAGGUCUGGUUCCAACAAGACCUCAAAAAAUCAUGGGAAAAAUUACAGAUAAAUGCAACGUUAAAUUCUUCUCUAUGUCAGGUCGCUGUUACAAACCUCCAGAAAAAUUCCGUUUACCGGGUUCAGAUCAGACAUCGGUCCACCACGGCCAAAAACGCACUGUGGAGCGACUGGUCUUCGCUGACUGUUCCUGCAGAGCUGGAACAUAAACCUAACGUCAACUGGACAGUGAAGCUGGUGAAUGGCACUCGAAAGGUGAAGCUGAGCUGGGAGCCACCGCCUCAUGCAUCUGCAGUUGGAGGAGUGACUUACAUCCUAACAGACACUCAGUCACUUCACGGGUGUCCAUGUAGGAAGAAGAGACAGCAAACCAACACCAACAACACAAAAUACACUCUCUCUGUAUCCUACUCCGCCGCCAACAUCUCCAUCACAGCCAGAAACAAAGCAGGAUCGUCUCCUCCGACCGUCAUCCAGCUGAAACCUGAACCUGGACACGAUGUACAACCUUGUAACCUAACUAAAAUACUCAGUAAAGCCUGCCAUGAAUGGUUCGAGAUGCACAACGGAGAUGUGAGUCCAGAAAGUCUGAGUUUAACGCCCAAAAGCAGGAAGGAAAGAAAGGAUCAAAUAAAAGCACUAAUGAAGGACUAUGUUCGAUAUCUUUACAUUGAGCACAGAUGUGUCAACGGGAUGCCUCAAACUGUAAAAACGUGCUACUUCUAUCACAAAGAAGACGCUCCUGACCGACCCCCUGAGGACUUUAGUACUUUCGGUGAAACUCACAACUCCAUCGACUUGUCCUGGAAGGGGAUUCCCUCUGAUCACCAACGAGGUUUCCUCAAAUACUACAGGCUGUGCAGUGUCAGAGUCAGCUCUCAGGAAGAGAAAACAGAGUGCUGUAACAUAUCAGUCUCACUGAGUAAAUACCGGCUGGAGAAUCUGUCACCGGGGUCCAAGUAUAAUCUGAGCCUGUGUGGAGUGACAGCGGUGGGGGAGGGACCUAAAGCCACGGCGACCAUCACCACUCUGCCAGAGAUGCAUACGAAUGUGUGGUUGAGUCUGGGGUUGCUGUUGAUCUUCUUUUUCAUCUCAACAACCUGCACCUUCAUCUUGAAGAGAAUUAAAAGCAGGAUCUUUCCUCCUGUGCCGACACCUGUUAUUCCAGAUUUCAUCUCCAGUCAACCAGAAUGUCAGGCCAUGAUGGACAGGAAGGAGGAGGUUCAUGAGCUGACGCUGUUCCAGCUUCAUCCAGACUCCAAGCCGGUUCCUGAGGAUGCAGAGGAGAGCACAGUCCUCAGAGGGGGGUGGGACAACGGGUCUGACGAGGACCAGGAAGGAGAAAGCAGAGACCGAAGGACGUCAGAAGGAGACGGUGACGAGUGUUUGAGCUCUGACUCUACAGAACGGACACUGACGAGGUCCAAACAAACAGCAAUGGCAGAUCUGGAACGGGUGGAGAAUGACAUCGCCAUGCUGAUAUACAAGAACGGUCUGGUCUUUGACGUGAAGGCGGACUCCACUUAAACAACACAAUGUAAAGACACUUUUACUGCUACACAGCUCGAAAUUGCACAAAUAUAUGAAGUCUGAAGAGGCGUUGUUUGUUAAUUAAUUAAACAAAAUCAGAGGAGGUUGGAACAGAAAGAAAGUAGUGAUAUUAACUCUUUAAGUGCCAGACAGUUAAGGGGCUAAUAAGCCUUAAAAGUGCCACAGAAUUUGGCCGUUUUUCAGUAUUUCGCGUUGUUUUUAUAAUAUUUGAAGAAUC